AUGUCAAAUUUAAAAAGAACAAUUAGUGGUGAAAUAUCAAAUAAUAAGAAAAUACGAUUAUGUCAAGGAGAAUUAAAAGAGAUUGAUGUUGGUAUUACUCAUUUUAUAAAUGCGAAUUCAAAAGGAUUUUCAGGACAAUUGAAAACUUUACACUCUGAUUUUCAAGUCAAUGAAAUUGAACCAAAUGGUAAUGUAGUGCAUUUAUUAGAUGAAGGAUUUGAAAUUGAAACAAAUAAAGAAAAAAAAGCUAGAGAAAAAUUGGAAUAUGAUAGUAAAACACCUGAAGAAAAACAAGAAAUUGAAAAUAAAAAACAGGAAUUGUUAGAGGAAGAUAAGUCAGAAUUACUCAAAUAUAUAAAUGAAGAUGAAUUAACACAGAUUCAGCAAUUGUUUUUUAAUGGUUCAAAAUUUGAAACUAAAAGUACGUUUUCAGAUAAAGAAUUAAGAACAAAUUUACAUCAAUUAAUUAGAAAAGCAUUUAAUGGAAGAUUAGAUACUACAACUACACCAGAACAAACGUUUAAAAUUCAAAUAGCAAAGAAAAACUCAGCAAGAAAACCUAAGGAAGAUUUAAAUAUAGUUGAUGAAAAUGGUGUGUUGAAUUUUGGUAUCGGUCCAUAUAAACCAAAUUUACAUUUUACAUUAUUCAAACAAAAUAGAGAUACUAUGGAGGUUGCAAAUACGAUUGCAAAAUUAUUGAAAAUCAGUCAUAAAUUUGUAAAUUAUGCAGGCACUAAAGAUCGUCGUGGUGUAACAUGUCAAAGAAUGAGUAUUACAAAGGGUAAAUUAACAAGAUUAAAUGCAUUAAAUAAAAUGAAUACAAAUUUUAGAUUAGGUGGGUUUAAAUAUGAAGAAAAUCCGUUAAAAUUGGGUGAUUUAAAAGGUAAUGAAUUUAUAAUUACAUUAAGAGAUGUCAAACUAGAAUCAGAUUCAAACGAUUCAGUAGAAGAUAUAAUACGAGACUCAUUUGAAAGUUUAAAAACUAAAGGGUUUAUUAAUUAUUUUGGUAUGCAAAGAUUUGGUUCAUUUUCAAUAAGUUCUCAUGAAUUAGGUAAAUGUGUACUUAAAGAAGAUUGGAAAUCAUUGUGUGAUUUAUUAUUAUCAGAACAAGAAAUAUGUCAUCCAAAAACAGUAGAAGCGAGAAAGAUUUGGAAAGAAACUAGAGAUCCUAAACAAGCUCUUGAAACAUUACCAAAAUAUUUUAUUGCUGAAUAUAAUAUUUUAAAAACUUUAACUUUUGAAAAACAAGAUGAAACUACAAAAGAAUUUGAUAAAAAUAGUUAUUAUAAAGCUAUUAUGUCAGUACCUAAGAAUUUAAGAAUGAUGUACUCACAUGCUUAUCAAUCAUACAUUUGGAAUUUAGUUGUUAAUAAAAGAAUUGAAUUAUAUGGAUUAGAAUUACAAGAAGGUGAUUUAGUAUUAAAUGAUACAUCAAAAGAAAUAAUUAAUGAUGAUUCUGAUUUUGAAGAAGAUAUAGCAAAUGAUGAAGAAAUAAAAGUUAAAGAAUUAACCAAAGAAGAUAUUGAAUCUGGCAAGUAUACUAUAUUUGAUGUUGUUUUACCUAGUGCUGGUUUCAGAGUUAAAUAUCCUUCAAAUCCAAAAUUAAGACAUAUCUAUGUUGAUGUCAUGUCUAAAGAUGAUUUAGAUCCAUUCAAAAUGACAAGAAAGAACAAAACAUUUGCAUUAACAGGUACUUAUAGAAAAAUCGUAACAAAACCAGAGAAUUUACGUUAUGAAAUUGUUAAAUAUAGUGAUGAAGAAGAUGGUAAUAAACCAAUAGUGAGAACAGAUUUGGAAUUAUUAGAACAUAAGAAAGAAACAGGUGAAACAUUAGAUAGAAUAAUUAAGGAUGACGAUGGGAAUAAAGUUGCUGUCAUUUUAACUAUGCAAUUAGGUAUUAGUUCAUAUGCUACAAUGUGUUUACGUGAAUUCAUGAAAAUUGAUACUUCAAGAUAUUCACAAUCACAUCUGUAA